UAGUAAAAUAGAUAAAGCCUCCAGUCCACAGGCCACUUUCAAAAGAUUUAAUGUGGGGGAAACAUGAUAAACCAAAUUGGAAAUAAAUAAGUGAUCAUUUAUAAAAAGAAGGCAAAAUAGACAAAGAAAAUUUGAUAAAAUUAAUAUACGAAUGCAAUAGAAUAUUAAAAAAUGAGCCAAAUUUAUUAUAAAUGAGCGAUCCUGUAACAGUUGUAGGUGAUAUACAUGGAUAAUUUUAUGAUUUAUUAAAAAUCUUAGAAGUUGGAGGAAAUCCAAGUAAAACGAAAUAUCUUUUUUUAGGAGAUUUCGUUGAUAGAGGAAGUUUUUCUAUAGAAGUUUUAAUAUUAUUAUAUUCUUUAAAAAUAAAUUAUCCUUCUUCUAUAUAUUUCCUUAGAGGAAAUCAUGAGUGUCGUUAAAUGACUUCUUUUUUUAAUUUCCUUGAAGAAUGUAAAUAUAAGUAUGACUAAGAGAUAUACUAAUUAUUUAUGGAUUCAUUUGACCUCCUUCCUUUAUCUUGUAUUUUAAAUGAUAAGUUUAUAGCUUUCCAUGGCGGUAUAUCUCCAGAAUUGAAAUCACUUGAAGAUAUUAGGAAUAUCAAUAGAUUUAAAGAACCCCCAAAAAUAGGACUUUUUUGUGAUAUUUUAUGGAGUGACCCAGUUGAUAAUGAAAACGGGAAUCAAGAAAGUAUUUAUAGAUAAAAUGAAGUUAGAGGUUGCUCAUAUUUUUAUGGUAAUAAUGCUGUCAAGAGAUUUUUAAAUGAUAAUAAUUUGAUUUCAGUUAUACGGGCACAUGAGGCAUAAUUAGAAGGAUAUAAAAUGCAUAAAUGGAAUGGAUAGGACUUUCCUAUGGUUAUUACUAUUUUUAGCGCGCCUAAUUAUUGUGAUGUUUAUAAUAAUAAAGGUGCUGUGAUUAAAUUUGAAAAUAAUACACUUAAUAUAUAGUAAUAUAAUUUUACACCACAUCCUUAUAUGUUGCCAAAUUUUAUGGAUAUUUUUACCUGGAGUAUUCCUUUUGUGUCUGAAAAAAUUACUGAAAUUAUUCAUUGUAUUAUUUAAUAGGUUAAUGAUGAUGAUCAGUUUGUUUCGGGUGAUGAUUUAAGUGAAACUGAUAACAAAAAAUUGUAAAAAUAUAUUACAAAUUAAAAUUAAUAGAAUCCAUAAAUAAAUAAUGAUAAAAAGUAGUUGGUUGAAACAAAUUUAUUAAGAAAUAAAAUUAAAUUUAUUUCGAAAAUGGCUAAAUUAUAAAAUACAUUAAGAGAAGAAAGAGAAAAUAUUAUAAGAUUAAAAAAUAUUUCAUCAGACAAUAAAAUACCAUAAGGAGUAUUAACAGAAGGAGUAGAUGGCAUAUAAAAUGGUUUUAUUUUUAUUUUAAAUAUAAUAUAUUCUAUUUUUAAUAAAAAUAGUCCUAAAUAACUUUUAAAGUGUAAAAAAGGCUGA